AUGCGUGCCAUCUAUGUCGAUUCGAAAGCCCAAAUGGAGGAAAUGGUCACGGCUUAUGAGAACAACGGCAUUCACCCUGCUGUGGACUCAAAGUCGUUCACCGUUGAGCAAGCUAAAGAGGCGUUUGAGUAUUUGGGAGCUCAGAAACACAUUGGAAAGGUUUGUGUGCAGAUCGAGUAA